GUGGUGCAUAAUAUAAUACACACACAAACCCACGCACGGAUUUAUCUCCCCGACGCGGUGAAAUGCCGACAAGCUGCUGGCACGCGUGCGACGGCAUAGUCAAAUGCGGCGGAUACGCGACAAGGUGCGACGGGCGCCGGCACAGUCGAUGCAACCAGCCAGGGGGAACCCGCGGGUUCCGAGUCCUGGGCCGUUGCGACCGUUCACCCCGCCGGACCUCUCUUCCAUACCGCAUAUGGACGACACGUCCCUGCACAACGGCAACGGCGACGCGUCACCCGCGGCCGCCAACCGGGUCGCGAACGACGGCGCGCAGCAGGAGGGUGAUCCAACCGGGCCCUUCAUCGUCGGCAGUCCCAUCGAUCUCGGGGACAUCGAUAAUGUCGACAAUAUCGGCCUCCGACUGGAUCCCGUGUUGCGCAGCAGCAGCAGCAGACGCGGGAGAACGCGGGAGCACAUCGAGCUUCAGGAGACCGGCUCGCCGGAUUCUGACGUUGGUCCGGUAAGGGCGGAAAAUGGUGGCUCGCAGGGCGACGAUCAGCCAGCCGCGCAACAGAACGACGGCGAGGAGAGGGUCAUUUUCGUCAACGCCCCUCAUCAGCCGGCGAAGUACAAGAACAAUCACAUCACUACCGCGAAGUACUCAUUUCUCUCGUUUGUACCCCUGUUCCUGUUCGAACAAUUCCGUCGAUACAGCAACUGCUUCUUCCUGUUCAUCGCACUCAUGCAGCAAAUACCAGACGUGUCUCCGACAGGACGCUGGACAACAUUGGUUCCACUGAUUUUCAUCCUCAGCGUGUCCGCUUUGAAAGAGAUAGUCGAGGACGUUAAAAGGCACAGAGCGGACGAUGAAAUAAAUAUGAGGGAGGUGGAGGUGCUGAGGGAAGGGCGCUGGCAGUGGAUACAGUGGCGCGCCGUGGCCGUCGGCGAUGUGGUUAAGGUUCACAACAACACUUUCUUCCCCGCUGACCUGAUCUUGUUGUCGUCGUCGGAGCCGCAGGGUAUGUCCUUCAUAGAGACCGCCAACUUGGACGGCGAGACGAAUCUGAAGAUCCGACAGGCCCAUCCCGACACUGCCAAUCUCUUGGAUACCGCGGAAUUGAUGAAUUUUCGGGCCAACAUCCAGUGCGAGCCGCCCAACAGGCACCUGUAUGAGUUCCACGGAGUCCUACGGGAGACCAAUAAACAGAGCGUAGCUUUAGGACCCGAUCAAUUGUUACUCCGUGGCGCGGUGUUGCGGAACACGCGGUGGGUGUUCGGUGUAGUGAUAUACACGGGGCACGACACGAAACUCAUGCAGAAUAAUACCGCGACAGCGCCGUUGAAACGAUCCACCCUGGAUCGGUUGAUCAACACCCAGACACUGAUGCUAUUUUUCAUACUUCUUCUGUUGUGCAUUCUUUCCGCGAUAUUCAACGUCGUGUGGACGAACGCCAACAAAGAGGGUCUCUGGUAUCUGGGUUUACAAGAGGAAAUGACUAAGAACUUCGCUUUCAAUCUGCUGACGUUUAUUAUUCUCUUCAAUAAUCUGAUACCGAUAUCGCUGCAAGUGACGCUCGAGGUGGUGAGAUUCGUUCAGGCCACGUUCAUUAACAUGGACAUAGAGAUGUAUCACGCGGAGUCGGACACUCCGGCGAUGGCACGUACGAGUAAUCUGAACGAGGAGCUCGGGAUAGUUAAGUACAUAUUCACGGACAAAACCGGCACCCUCACGAAGAACGUCAUGGAAUUCAAGCGGUGUUCGGUCGGUGGAAAACUGUACGAUUUGCCAAUCCCUCCAAACGGCCAAGAAGGUACGAGCGACAGCAGCUGCGAGUUAAUUAAGGAUAUCAUGGAGGGAAGGUCCGUGCGAGACUCGACGAAUCCUAUCGACAAGAAGAAAGCGGAGCACGCGAACAUACUUCACGAGUUUAUGGUCAUGUUGUCGGUUUGCCACACGGUUAUUCCUGAGAAAGUAGACGACUCCAUAAUCUAUCACGCCGCAUCACCUGACGAACGAGCGCUAGUGGACGGGGCGCGUAAGUUCAGCUACGUAUUCGACACGCGGACGCCCAGUUACGUGGAGGUCGUGGCCCUAGGCGAGACGCUGCGCUACGAGAUCCUGAACGUCAUCGAAUUCACCUCGGCCAGGAAGCGUAUGUCGGUGGUCGUGAAAACGCCCGAGGGGAAGAUCAAGAUUUUCUGCAAAGGCGCGGACUCGGUCAUUUACGAGAGAUUAUUGUCGGCCUCCUUGGAAGCUAGCGAUCUUGACUUGGAGCACGUGGACGAUUUUCGCGAGACGACCCUGGAGCAUUUGGAAGCUUUCGCCUGCGACGGAUUGCGGACGCUUUGUUUCGCCGCCGCGGAAAUACCUGAAAACGUUUAUCAGUGGUGGCGCGAGUCGUACCAUAAAGCGUCGAUAAGUCUUGGGAAUCGCGAGACGAUGUUGGAGCAAGCUGCGAAUUUUAUCGAGAGUAAGCUCACGUUAUUAGGGGCAACCGCAAUUGAAGACCAACUACAAGAUCAAGUGCCGGAAACGAUACAGGCUUUUGUACAAGCUGAUAUUCAUGUCUGGGUAUUGACGGGAGAUAAGCAGGAAACCGCGAUAAAUAUCGGUUACUCGUGUAAACUGAUAACGCAUGGAAUGCCGCUUUAUAUCAUCAAUGAAACCUCUUUGGAUAAAACGAGGGAAGUCAUCAUUCAACGCUGUCUCGAUUUUGGGAUCGACUUGAAAUGCCAAAACGACGUAGCCUUGAUUAUAGACGGCAGCACGUUAGACUACGCUUUGUCCUGCGACAUCAGGAUGGAGUUCUUGGAAUUGUGUUCGGCCUGCAAAGUCGUCAUCUGCUGCAGGGUGUCGCCGAUACAAAAAGCCGAGGUGGUUGACUUGAUCACGAGUAACAAGAAAGCGGUGACUCUCGCGAUCGGGGAUGGCGCGAACGACGUGGCUAUGAUACAGAAGGCUCACAUCGGCGUCGGUAUCUCGGGUGUCGAGGGUCUUCAGGCGGCCUGCGCCUCGGAUUACUCCAUCGCGCAGUUUCGUUUCCUGAAACGCCUGUUAUUUGUUCACGGCUCUUGGAAUUAUAGCAGAAUGUGUAAAUUAAUCUUGUACUCGUUUUACAAGAACAUUUGUCUAUACGUUAUCGAAUUAUGGUUCGCCAUCUACUCCGGCUGGUCCGGGCAGAUCCUUUUCGAGAGAUGGUCCAUUGGACUUUACAACGUGGUUUUUACCGCUGCGCCUCCGCUAGCUAUGGGUCUCUUCGACAAAGUGUGUUCCGCGGAAACGCACUUGGCGCAUCCGGGGCUGUACGCGACGAAGAAUAACGGCGAGUCAUUCUUCAAUAUUAAAGUAUUUUGGGUAUGGAUUAUCAAUGCGCUAAUUCAUUCGUCGCUAUUGUACUGGCUGCCGCUAAUGGCUCUGAAGCAAGACGUAGCUUGGGCGAACGGUAGGGACGGCGGUUAUCUUCUACUAGGAAAUUUCGUCUACACUUAUGUUGUAGUAACGGUAUGCGCGAAGGCGGGUCUAAUAAUAAACUCGUGGACAUGGGUCACCCACUUGGCGACAUGGGGCUCUAUUAUACUCUGGUUCUUAUUUAUUUUUAUAUACAGUAAUUUUUGGCCCGUCUUGAACGUCGGCGCUGUGAUGUUGGGCAAUGACAGAAUGCUGUUUUCUUCCCCCGUUUUCUGGCUGGGACUUAUAUUAAUACCUAUCGCGGUAUUGCUGCUGGAUGUCACUGUAAAAGCAGUGAAGAAUACAAUUUGGAAAUCCGUGACGGAAGCGGCCCGAGAGAAUGAAAUUAGGAAGUCCGAUCCUGGUGAUAUAUUCAACAGUCAGGAUUAUAGAAGCUCAUUGACCGAGACGGCGAGGUUGCUGAAAAAUGUUAAAAGCGUUUUCACCAGGCGCUCGAACGCCGCCUCCAGAGUCAGUGUCGAGGUGGAGCUAUCACAUGGUUUCGCGUUCUCGCAAGAGGAGGGUGGCUCGGUGACCCAGACGGACGUGAUCAGAGCCUACGACACGAAUCUUCCCAAGCCCGGCGGCAUGUGAUUUAAGCGGGGCGGCCGCCGCACGGCGAGACGAUGCCGGCCGCUCUUCCAAGCGGCCUGAGCAGGGUAGAGAGAGAGAGAGAGAGA